AUGGAACAUGGGAUACCUUUGAAAUCAGAUUGUAAGCCCAUAUACCAGAAGUUGAGAAGGAUGAAACUUGAGAUGCUGUUGAAGAUUAAAGAAGAGUUAACGGAUAAAUGUGAUCCCAUCUUCAAGCUCUUACGUAAGGAUAGUGAUGGUUGUGUUCUAGGGAAACGAGAUGGUUCAAACAAGAAAGAGCAUGCAAUCUAUUAUUUGAGCAAGAAGUUCACAGAAUAUGAAGCCAAGUAUUCCCAUCUAGAAAAGAUGUGUUGCAUUUUAGCAUGGACCAUGCGUCAACUAAGGCAAUAUAUAUUGUAUCACACCACCUUCCUCAUCACAAAGUUGGACCCUUUGAAGUACAUUUUCGAGAAGCCAUCAUUGUCAGGAAGAUUUGCUCAUUCGAAAGUGGUAUUGUCCGAGUAUGACAUCGUCUACGUGUCCCAAAAGGUUAUAAAAGAAAGCAUAGUCGCACAAUUUCUGGCAGGUCGCAUGAAAGAGGAAUACGAACUCAUGAGUUUUGAUUUCCCAGACGAAGAGAUCAUGUCAAUUUCAAAGUGCGAAGAAGAAAUUUGGAGGGUGUAUUUCGAUAAAGCAUCCAACAUGAUGGGGCAUGGGAUUGGGAUCGCCAUUGAGAAAAAGAUCAGGUUUUUAAAAGGUUUUUGUGGCUCAGCGUUAGUUGUUUACCAAUUAAGAGGAGAACAGAAAACGAGGGAUUCCAAACUAAUUCAUUAUCAAACAUAUGUGCAUGGGCUAACCAAAGAGUUUGAUGAUGUCCAAUUUUUUCAUUUGCCAAGAGAAGAAAACCAAUUAGCAGAUGCAUUAGCUACUCUAGCUGCCAUGUUCAAAGUAGGAUCCAAAAUAGAAGUGCAACCUAUACAGCUAAGGGUCAAGGGGUCGUCAGGCCACUGUACGAGAGUAGGAUCGGGAGUAGAUGGGAAACCAUGUGAGUUUUUUUACAAAAGAAUACAUGACCAAACCCUUUUGAGAUCUGUCAACACAGAAGAGGAGAAUCAGAUAAUGAAGGAAAUCCAUGAUGGAAUUUAUACAAACAAUAUUAAUGCUCCUCCUGCCAAUCUCAAUGUCUUGGUGCCUCCUUGGCCGUUCUCAAUAUGGGGCAUGGAUGUCAUUGGCCCCACCACACCGAAAGCAUCAAACGGGCAUCGCUUCAUCUUUAUGGGGAUUGAUUUUUUCACCAAGUUGGUCGAAACCGCUUCAUAUACCAAUGUAACUCGACCAGUGAUCUGCAAAUUUCUAGAAAAGGAGGUCAUUUGUCGGUAUGGUUUACCAGAAAGAAUCAUAUCAGAUAAUGCCAAGAACUAG